GUUUGCGUGUGUGUGUUUUUGUGUUUUUUUGUGUUGAUGAUGCUGCGGUAGAUAAUAAACAAAUGUAAACAUUAGCGUUCACAUGUGCCUUUCUUCCGCGUGCGGCUAAAACGUUAUUUUACAAAGCUUCCACUUGGAGCGCUAAAACUUGUCCUUCGUUAUUAACAUUGGACUUUCCGUUCUGUUCCUUCCAUUUUCUAUGCUUUUAUUUAUUGUGUGUUGAAAAUGGAUAAAAGCCAUGCUGCGAAUAAGCGCAAAUUAAAAGAUUUAAAUUAUAGCACCGACUCUAGUAAAAAUGUAGCGGUUGAAGAGGCAGAAAUAGAUUUCACAAACACUGCAGUAGACGAAGGUGCUGAUGAUAGUUCAGAUGCAGAUGACUACUCGAGUGAUAAUGACUCGGGUGACGAGGGCGGUAGCAGUGAGGACGAGGGAGAAGAAGAAAAAGAAGAUGAAACUGACAGCGAAAAUGAAGCCACCAGUGGCUAUGGAGUCGAAAGCGGGGAUGAUUCCGACGAGUUAUCUUUCGAAGAGGAUGGCAUCAGUGAGGAAGACAGCGAUGAAGGCAUCAUUAAAAACUCCACAGUGGAGAAAGGACCUGAUGAGAGAAAGCAAAAAAACUUUAAACCUGCAAAAAGUUGUAAUGAAAGUGUCAAAGUAAACAUAUUGGAUAAACGGGUAGCUCUGAAAAAUAAAUUAAAAUAUGAAAAUGUUGAAAAGCAGGAUGCAGCGAAAGCAGCAGAAGAUGAUGAAUACAAAAGUGAUUCAUCUGAUGAAGAGGAUAUUCGCAACACAGUUGGCAACAUCCCUAUGAAGUGGUACGACGAAUACAAUCACCUCGGCUACGACUGGGAUGGGAAGCAGAUUUUGAAACCUCCUCAAGGGGACGCACUCGACAACUUUUUGAAGAGAAUGGAGGAUCCCAAUUUCUGGAGAACAGUGAAAGAUCCCCAAACAGGCCAAGAUGUGAUCCUGUGUGAUGCUGAUAUGGACCUCAUUCAGAGGAUACAGUCCCAGAAAGUACCAGAUCCUGAGUUUGACGAAUAUGCGCCAUGGGUCGAGUGGUUCUCCUCGGAGGUGAUGAAGAUGCCAGUGCGCAAGUUCCCCGAGCACAAGCGCUCGUUCCUGCCAAGCCGGUCAGAGAAGCACAAGGUGAGCCGCAUUGUGCACGCCAUCAAGAUGGGCUGGAUCAAGGUGAAGCCGAAGCGGAAACAGGAAGGGCCGCAGUUCUACAUGCUGUGGGGGAGCGACGACGGGGCGGAGCAGAUGCGCCGGAUACACAACCACAUCCCUGCACCCAAGCGGAACUUGCCAGGCCACGCCGAGUCCUACAACCCACCCUCCGAGUACCUGUUCGACAGUCGAGAGCUGAAGCGUUGGCACAAGCUGCAGGCCAAUCCGUGGAAGAGGAAGCUGCACUUCAUUCCGGAGAAGUAUGGCAGCCUGCGGGAGGUUCCUGCGUACCGGCGCUACACCCGUGAGCGCUUCCUGCGCUGCCUCGACCUCUACCUCUGCCCACGCGCUAGGAAGAUGAAGCUAAUGAUUGAGCCUGAAGACCUGGUGCCACAGCUGCCCAGCCCACAGGACCUGCAGCCCUUCCCCACGGCGCAGUCCCUGGUGUACGAGGGCCACUCCGACCUGGUGCGCUGCGUGACCGUCGAGCCGCGUGGCCAGUACCUCGCCUCUGGCUCCGACGACCUCACCGUCAAGAUCUGGGAGGUGGCCACAGCCCGCUGCGUGCGCACCGUCGCGGCGGGCGGCGUGGUGCGCUCCGUCAGCUGGUGCCCCAGCCAGGCCCUGUCGCUGCUCGCGGUCGCCGCCGACCGCAAGGUGCUGCUCGUGAACCCCCGCGUGGGCGACCGCCUGGUGGUGGCCAAGACGGACACCCUUCUCCGGGACCCCCCGCCGCAGCAGGACGUUAUAGUUCCAGAAAGAGUUAAGACAGCCGUCCAGUGGGAAGAAGUGAGUGACGAACUGUGGAACACGGGAGUGUGUAUCAUCAUCAACCACUUCAAAGAAGUGAAGCAGGUGGCGUGGCACGGCCGUGGGGACUACUUCGCCACGGUAAUGCCGGACGGACAGAACCGCUCCGUGCUGAUCCACCAGCUGUCCAAGAGGCGCUCCCAGAUUCCGUUCAGCAGGACUCGGGGCCUGGUGCAGUGCGUGCUGUUCCACCCGAUACGGCCCAUCUUCUUUGUCGCAACUCAGAAACAUGUCCGUGUCUACGAUUUGGUGAAGCAGGAGAUGAUAAAGAAGUUGAUGUCCAAUAGCAAAUGGAUAUCUUCCAUUGCAGUGCAUCCAGGAGGGGACAACGUGCUGGUGGGCACCUACGACCGCAAGAUGCUGUGGUUUGACCUGGACCUGUCCACCAAGCCGUACCAGACCCUGCGACUGCACGGCACGGCCGUGAGGAGCGUGGCCUACCACCCGCGCUACCCGCUCUUUGCAUCGGGCUCGGACGACCGCAGUGUCAUUGUCUGCCACGGCAUGGUUUACAAUGACCUGCUGCAGAACCCGCUGAUCGUGCCGCUCAAGAGGCUGAGCUACCACGAGCCGAGGAAUGACUUUGGGGUGCUCGACCUGGUGUUCCACCCAACGCAGCCGUGGGUGUUCUCCAGUGGCGGAGACCACACCAUCCGCCUGUACACCUGAACUUUGCUUCAAUAAAACAUGCCCUCUGCCCUCCACAA